CAGUCAGUCGGUGUCGGUCGAUACUAGCGCAGAAAAAAAAAUAUAAAAAGAAUUCUUGGGGCCCCCGUCUUGAUCUAAAAAAGGCAACUCUACAGGAGGCGAACGGUGUCCGAGUCCGUGGUUCGCGACGCGCAAGUGUGUGUACUCGGACGGCGCGAGAAAACCGAAUCGUACUUAUCAGCAGGACCGCACCAGGGCAAUCAGUCGCUCAGGGGCUUCAGUCAAGUACAGUCGCUCUAGUUAAGAACACCCAAGCAUCAUGUCUGAGAAAAAGGAAAAGAAGACCAAGAAGAAGGCCUCCUCCAAGGAAGAAACUCCCGCCGAUACUCCAGCAGCAGAAACCCCGGCAGCACCAACCCCCUCGGACUCUGGCUCGCAGCGAGGAUCCACCCGCGGCUCAUCCUCCCGAAAAGCUAAGAAGGCGCCAUCUUCUGUGUUCGUCCUCUUCUCCCAGAAGCAGAUCGCCGAAUUUAAGGAGGCCUUCCAGCUAAUGGACAAUGACAAGGACGGUGUGAUUGGCAAGAACGAUCUCCGCUCGACCUUCGAUGCCCUGGGCAAACUGUGCUCAGACAAGGAAUUAGACGAAAUGCUUGGCGAAGCUCCGGGACCACUCAACUUCACCCAGCUGCUGACGCUGUUCGCUAACCGCAUGUCUGGUGGUGGACAGGAUGAUGACGAUGUCGUCAUCAAUGCCUUCAAAGCCUUCGACAACAAUGGCAAGAUCGAUGGCGACCGAUUCCGUUACGCUCUGACCCAUUGGGGUAGCGACAAGUUCACUGAGGACGAAGUUGACGAUGCCUUCGACCAGAUGAUCAUUGACGAUAAGGGCUUCAUCGAUACCGCCGCCCUAAUCUCCAUGCUCACCGGUACCGAAGAGGAAGCGGAAGAAUAAAUUUCUCAUCCUUCAUUGUGGUGAGGAAACUGAAAA